AGACGGUCUGGAGCACUGACACCGGGGAGGCCGUGUAUCGCUCCCGGGACCCCGUGCGCAACUUGCGCCUCCGGUAGGUCCACCUGCAAAGAAUCACAUCCAGCAACUUCCUCCGUUACCAGCCUGCUGCCCAGCCUGGGAAGGACCUCAUAGACUUGGCCACUUUUAGGCCUCACCCAACUGCCAAGCAAGAAGUGGUGCCGAUUUGACUCAAACGUUUGACUCACUCUGUGGUCUUUGGAGGUGGACACCGCUCAGAGGAAGAGGAAGAGGAAGAGGUCGUGAUUGGGUGGCAGGAGAAGCUCUUUAGCCAGUUUGAAGUAGAUCUGUACCGAAAUGAAGCAGCCUGUCAGAGCCCUUUGGAUCAUCAGUACCGUCAAGAGAUCCUGAAGCUGGAGGAUUCGGGCGGCAGGAAGAACCGACGAAUUUUUACCUACACGGACUCUGACAGAUACACCAAUGUGGAGGAGCACUGUCAGAAAAUGACCACCGCAGCCCGGGAGGUGCCAUCAUUCUUGGUCGAACGAAUGGCCAAUGUCAGGCGGCGACGGCAGGACAGGCGAGGGAUGGAAGGUGGCAUCCUCAAGUCACGAAUUGUCACCUGGGAACCCUCAGAAGAGUUUGUCAGGAACAACCAUGUCAUCAACACCCCUCUUCAGACAAUGUACAUCAUGGCAGACCUGGGGCCCUCUGGGAAGCUUGGCUAUAAGAAGUCUGAACAUGUCCUCUGUACUCUGAAAGUGGACAGCAAUGGUGUGAUCACAGUAAAACCUGACUUCACCGGCCUCAAAGGACCCUACAGAAUGGAGACUGAGGGGGAGAAGCAGGAGCUGUGGAAGUAUACGGUGGACAACGUGUCCUCCCUCGCGCAGCCAGAGGAGGAGGAGCGGGAACAGCGCGUGUUCAAGGAUCUUUAUGGCCGGCACAAGGAGUAUCUCAGCAGCCUCGUGGGCACAGACUUUGAGAUGACUUCCCCAGGUGCCCUCCGGCUCUUUGUAAAUGGAGAGGUAGUUUCAGCGCAAGGCUAUGAGUAUGACAAUCUCUAUGUCCACUUCUUUGUGGAAUUGCCAACCACAAAUUGGUCAAGCCCAGCAUUCCAGCAGCUCUCAGGAAUAACACAGACCUGUGCCACCAAAUCCCUGGGAAUGGAUAAGGUGGCUUACUUCUCCUACCCAUUCACAUUUGAGGCCUCCUUCCUCCACGAAGACGAAUCUGCUGAUGCUCUCCCGGAGUGGCCUGUGCUCUACUGUGAGGUCCUCUCGCUGGACUUCUGGCGGAGGUAUCGUGUGGAGGGUUACGGCGUUGUGGCGCUGCCCGCCACCCCAGGCUCACACACCCUGACAGUCCCCACGUGGAGGCCCAUGGAGCUUGGCACGGGGGCGGAGCUGAGGAGGUUUUUCAUUGGCGGCUCUCUGGAACUGGAGGACCUCUCCUAUGUGUGGAUACCAGGAACCUUCAAGGGGGAGCGUCUAAGCCGCUUUGGGUUCCGCACUGAGACCACAGGCUGCGUCACCUUCCGCUUGCACUGUCUGCAGCAGUCCAGGGCCUUCAUGGAGUCAAGUUCCCUCCGGAAAAGGAUGCAGAGCGUGCUGGACCGUCUGGAAGGGUUCAGCCAGCAGAGUUCCGUUCACAGUGUGCUGGAGGCCUUCCGUCGAGCCCGGCGCCGCAUGCAGGAGGCCCGAGAAAGCCUUCCUCAGGACCUGGUGAGCCCCUCGGGGACCAUGGUUUCCUAGCUCACGGCGGCCCUGGCCCCCCACCCCCACAACCCCGUGCAAGAGGACAAGAUGGAUGAUAUGUGAGGCUGGUGCUGUCCGCCUCUUCAUCUUUCUCCCCAGUGACCCCACUGGCCUGCUGAGAACCAGAAGAGCUGAGAAAGUCCCGGGCCAGACCCUCUGCCUAGUCUUCGGCAGGGCCAACCCCCUGCUGGGUAGCAGUACCGCUGGAGACCCUACGGUCCCCCUCUGCAUGUUUCAGUU